AUCCCUCCCGACCCUGCCAACUUUCUGGAAUAUGUAGGUGCAACAGAAAUCAGCUGUGCAGAAGAAAAUCCAGGUAGUUGUUUACCUCCCAAAGUAUACCAUAUUUUGCAUUAAGUGCAAAAAUGGACGAGUUUAAGGUGCCCGCACCGUUGCCGAAAUACAAACCCACUGUGGUUGAGAAUCCGCUGUGGCUGCAGAUCGAAACCACCGAGGAGCCGGCCAAUGGAAGGAAUUUAAUACCAGCAAUUUGUCCGUACAAGGUGCCCCGCUGGUCUGCACCACCGCCCGCAGACCAAACCUACAAAUUUGAGGUGCUCAAGUCGGGGCAGAUCAUUGACGAGGUGAGGCAGUUGCAGCAACAGGCUAUCUGGACAUUUGGGCGGCUGCCCGAAAACGACGUGUCCGCCGCGCAUCCCACAAUUUCACGCUUCCACGCUGUGCUGCAGUACAAACCGAAGGCGUCCCACGACCACCACUACGAGGACGACGAGCAUCAUUCCGAAAAGCCAGCCAAGCCCGAGAGACCGGAAGGUUGGUACAUCUACGACCUUGACAGCACCCACGGCACAUACCUCAACAAACAGCGCGUGCCCUCCAAGGUAUACAUACGAAUGCGAGUGGGCCACAUGCUCAAGCUGGGCGGCAGCUCGCGCAUCUACAUACUGCAAGGCCCCAACGCGGAUGCCGAGCCCGAGUCGGAGUUGUCGAUCACUGAGCUGCGGGAGAAGCGCGAGCGGGAGGUGGCUGCCGCUGCGGCCGAGAAACAGCGAAAAAUUGUGGAGGCACAGGAGCGCGAACGCAACGAUGGCAUCAGCUGGGGCAUGGGAGAGGAUGCCGACGAGGAAACCGAUCUCACACACAACCCAUUCGCCAGCAGCAACAACGACGACCUCUUCUUCGACGAUCCCAAGAAGACUCUGCGCGGAUUCUUCGAGCGCGAGGGCCUCAAUCUGGAAUACAAAUGCGAUGAGCUGUCGCAGGGUUCGUUUGUCUGCCGUGUGGAGCUGCCGCUGGACGAUUUCAAUGGCAGGCCGAUCCUCAUCGAAGUCAACCACAAGGGACGCAAAAAGGAUUGCGUUGUGCAGUGCGCCCUGGAGGCAUGUCGCACGCUGGACAAACAUGGCGUGCUGCGGCAGGCCAACCAAGAGGGACAAAAGCGCAAAAUAGUGAAAGCCGGCGACUCCGACGACGAGGAUGAGUUCUGGGAUCGCACUGGCGAUGUGGCGCGUAAGAAGCAGCGCAAGCAAACAGCUGGCUCCAGUGGCCCACUCACCUAUGAGGAUCUGUUGAAACAGCAAACAGAUCUCUUGUCCGAGUUGGGCAAGGUGGAAUUUGAGAUUGCCACUUACCAGCUGAAGGAAAAGCGCGCCAAGGAGGAGGCCGCCAAGCAGCUGAGUGCCAGCUACGAUUUGGACAACUUUAUGAACAGCCUCAGCGUGGAUAUAUGGCAAGUGGAUAAAACGGAGAUCAAAAAGCUUCGGCUGGAACUACAACGCAUCAAGGGAGAGCAACAGCGAGUGCAGCGUCUCAUAGAAAUAGCUAAGCCAGCAUGUUUACCCUACACCACGAGCAGUGCAACGGCCACCAUCACAUCGGCAGCGGCACAGGAGGGCAGCGGUGCCAAGAAGCAGCUGCCAAUGAUUGGCAAGCGGAAUCAGUUUAGCAAAUUCAAAGUGGUCACAGCUUUGCCCAGCUCACGAGCCACCGUGCAAUCGAAUGCAUUUGCCCCGGAUGAAGAGGAAGUCGAAGAGGAGGAGCUCAAGGAGAAGCAAGCCAAAAUGGAGAAGGAAAUGCAAGUGGAAGUGGAAACUAAACAAAAGCAAAGUCCACCGGAAAGCGAGCUAACCGCUGAAGCGGCAGUGGCACUUCCACCCGCAGCAGCACCAGCAGCACCCGCAGCGAGCAAGCCAACCACAUCCGAGGAGGAGGUCGGACAAGAGUUUAACUUUCUGUCAACUGCAGCUCUAUCCGAAGUUGCCACUUUUCCUACCGAACUCUUCCUCGCCUUUCCGCUGACAGAUGCAAUUGAUGACAUUGGCACUGCGCUGGCAGGCCCCACUCCGGAGGAGGGUGCCGAAAAGAAGCGACGCCAGCGAGCACCGCGACAGCGCAACAACAAACAGCGUCAGGAUGUGGACAUGGACAUGAAUGAGCUGGUCGAGCAUGAGGAUACCGAAAAGUACGCUAAAUGGGUGCCACCGACCAAUCAAAGUGGCGACGGCAUCACACAUUUAAAUGAGAAAUUCGGCUACUAAAGUUUUCAGUAGCGCGCACCCUAGAAACUAAGAGCCCCAUUCAGUCUAUUGUAAGCAUUCUUUUAGACUACUCGUAGGUAUAUUGUAAUGUUUAACAGCUUAUUGAUAUAAAUGUUGUGACCCUGUCUGGAAAUGCCAAUUGGCAACUAAAAAAAA